AUGACAGUCGCAGGAACAACAUCUGAGCCGGGCAAUGAAGACCCGAUCGAAGUAGCCUUCCGAGAUGUUCCGUGGGCUCUUCUGUGCAUUCUCACAAGCUACUUCCUACUCUAUCUCGCGAACUACUACUCUCUUGCCCGGAAUGGGGCUCAUUUUCUGUUGCAUCAUGAAAUGCCUCGACAUGUUGUUCCGUCACUUCCAAGGCACAUCGUUGGUAUGGAGAUUGCCCAACACGGAGGCCAAGCCUCCGCCACUCUAUCAACAGGCCUUCUGGAUGACCCUGGAACUGCGAUAUGA